CCCACUUUCUUAUUAUCUGUUCUUCUUAGCCUUGUUCUUUAAAACAAUAAAAGUCAACGUGUAAUACAAUCAAAAUACAAUCAGUAUCUAAACCAAAAAUUAGUAGGAGCGUAUCAGCUAAUAAAUGGAAAGUAUUUGACCCGAACCGUGUAUAACGGCUAGAUUAUCACCGAACCUAAGGUUUGUGUUUGCUCUGGACUAUAACAAACCCUAAGUGAAAAGGAAAAAAGGAAACUUGAAUGUCAAACAAAUAAAUUUAUAUACCUGCGUCUCGCGUCUCCUCUCAAGUUAAAAACACAAUUGCUCUGCAUUUUUUUCAAUUCUCUUCUUCGAUUUCUGUCUGCUUCGUUUGCCUCUCUGUUCUCUUCUUCUUCCUUUUUGAGAUUUCAUUAUUCAUGUGUUGUUGCAUCUGCUUGUUGGAUUCACCCUAAUCUUUGGUGUGAUUCGUUGGUCUGGCCUAAGAACGACUCAUAUAUACAACGGCUCUCUCUGUUCACUUAAAAAGCAACGAAGAAGACGAGAGAGAUCACACACACAAGCCUCACGUCUUAAUUUGUUUGCCUGCGAUGAUAAGAUCUAUCAUCCACCGUAGAAACAGAGACAGAGAGAGAGAUAGACGAUUCGAAGGACAUGUUGCCGGGAUUUUAGGCUUCGAGAGUCAUGAUGUUGGAGGUUCUAUCCGGCGAUGGGGGUGUCGAUAGAUUGAGGAGGUGGAGCGAUCAGAGGAUUUUAGGCUUCGGGAGUCAUGAUGGUGGAGCAAUCAUCGGAGAUUGGCGAUGGAGAUGGCGAUAGAUUGAGGAGGUGGAGCGUAUUUUCCGUUAACGGAUAAAGAUGGCAUGUGCUCUCAGAGGCCCAAUAGAAACAAUUCCAGCCCAUCAAACAAUGACUAGCCCAUUGCCAGGUCGAAGGCAACACAAGAGAGAAAAAAGCGUUGACUGUUUGACUAUUUUCAAGUCCUACAGUGCAAGCAACGAAUAAAUAGUCCUUCUCCUUGCCUUUACUCUUUAGUGGAGCAUCGACAAAUCAAAACCCUAGAACCUAAUAAAAAUCUCCAGAACAGAGGAAAGGAGUCAGCAAUGGAGCUCGAACUGGGAUUAAAGAUCACGAGAACAAGAGAAGAUAUAUCGUCCUCGGUCGAUUUUCGCUUCUCCAAAGACCCAUUUGGUCCUCUGGUGCUUUCUCGAGAAACCGAUUCGAGAUUCAUCAUCAUCAUUCAUCUUAAAGGAUUCAAAAAGGAAGGUAUUGAAAUUGAUAUAAACGAAGAGGGAAAUAGGAUUACAAUUAGAGGAAGAAAACCAGUGGAAGAAAUGGUUAUGAUUAGAUGGAUGGCAUGGAGGAAAGAAGUGGAAUUUAGUGUUUUCAAGAAAGUUUUUAGGAUUCCUGAUACUGUCGAUUUAGACAAGAUUAAAGCGAGGUUUGAUGACGAUGAUGCGACUCUUACGAUCACAAUGCCGAAAAGAGUAAAAGGAAUCUCUGGAUUUAAGAUUGAGGAAGAAGAAGAAGAAGAAGAAGAAGAAGAAGAAAGAGUGGAUGUGAGUGAAGCUGAGCAUAAAGAGGAAACAGAGAAGGGGGAACUAAAGGAUGAUUACUUAGAGAAGAGUCACCAGAUUGAUGAACGUAUAGAAGAAGAAAAAGGAUUGGCUGAUUCAAAUAAAGAGAGUGUGGACAGUAGCUUAAGAAAGCCUCCGGACAUUGAAGGAAGAGAAUGUCAUGAACAGACAAGACAUGAGGAACAAGAGAAUAAUAAACAACUGGUUCAAGCAGAGAGUGAUGAUAGUGAUGAUUUUGGAUCCAGAGCAUUUGAAGAGAUUGAAGAACAAGAAUCUGAUGUUUUAGAUAGAACAAGUACAAGUGGAGCAAUGGAAAAGGAAAUGACUGAUGAUGUUGGUGAUGGCUUGAGAAAGGUUCAAGGGAUUGAAGAACCAGAGAGACACAAUGAAGAAAGCAAGAUUUCAGAAAUGGUGGAUGGAGAAACAAGUGGUCAUGAGAAGAAAAAAGUUGUAAAGAUGGAUAAAAAAAAUAGGGAUGUCAAAGAAGAGGUUGAUGGGGCAAUGGGAGAAGGAUUCAGACCAAACAUUGAUAGAACACAAGUAGUUGGUGAUGAUGAAAUUGCAGAAACUGAGAAAAAUGAUGAAGAGUUUGAAUCUGAUAAACUAGAAGCAGAUGAGGUUGACAAGAUAAAUGAAGGGGGAAAUACUAAGGUGAGAAGACAUAGUGAAGACAGAAACUUAAUAAAGCUUCAAGAGAAGGAAGAACAACAUUCUAAGGAACAAAAGGGACACAGCAAAGAAGAAAAUAUGAAAGAAUUGGUGGAAGAGAAAACUCCAGAGGCAGAGACAACUAUAAGGAAUGAUAUUCUAGGACCAGGCCAGGAGAUUGAAGUACCAGAGGUGGAUACGUUAGGGAAAACAAGUGAUGAAGGAAAGGAGAAGCAGAACAUUGUAAAGAAGGAAAUUAAAAAUGGAGAUGCCACAGAAGAAAUUGAUGCGAAAAUGGGCGAAGUUUUUGCAUCAAACAUCGCAGAUACUGGGAUGAAUUCUGAGGAUUUUGAAUCUGAUAAACUAGAAUCAGCAGAUGAGGUAGACAAGAUGGUUGAGAAGAAAGACAGGCAAGAGGAAAAUGAUAAGGUUGGAGCACAAAGUGAAGACAUUAGCUUGACAAAGCUUCAGGAGAUUGGAGAACAACAAUUUCAGGGACAAAAGAGACAUGAUAAACAAGAAAAUAUCAAAGAAUUAAGAGAAGGGCAGGCUUCAGAGGCAGAGAAAAAUAUUAAGAAUGAUAUACUGAAACCAGUUCAAAAGAGAAGUGAGGGAAAACACAAGAUCCAAAAAACUUUCCAGGAGGAAACAAAUAAGCAGCCAGAAGGGUACAACGAGAAAAUUAUGGAGACAGGGAAAAAGAUUAAUGAAGAUGGCACAAGAAAGGUUCAAGAGAUGAUUAGACAACAAGAAUUGGAUGAACCGGCAAGAUCAGAGAAAGAAAACAGGAGUCGAGAACUGGUGAAAAGCAAAACAAAUGAUGAAGAGAAAAAGGAGAAAGAAAUUGCAGGAACGGAAAGAAAGGAGAAAGAGUCAGAUAGACCAAAAAUACUCAGGGAACAAGAAGUAGCUGAUGAAGUAGCUGAAGAUAAGACCAAAUUUUCAAUAUAUGGUGAAGUUAAGGAGGAAGAAGAAAUUGCAGGGAAGGAAAAAGAAUUUGGUAGUGAUGAUGAUAUUGCAAGAAUAGUUAGAGAUACAGAACAGCUAGAUUCAAAUGCAAUGAAGGGACAAGAAGAAAAAGACAUGAUUCAAGAAUUAGUAUUGGAAGAAAAAGUAUGUGAUGGCGGCAAAGGAAUCAUUGCAGUGGCAGAGACAAAAGCUGAGAAUAAUAAGUCAAAAAGAGUUCAAGAGACUGAAGAACAAAAACUGGAUAAAGAAGAUACAUGUGGAAAACAUUUUCAGAAACUUAUAGAAGGAGAAAUAAGUGAUCAUGGAGAAGUUGAAGAUGUGGAGAAGGGGAAGAAAAGAACAGAAGCAGAGAAGAGAAUCAAGGAUAGAGCUAGAGAAGCUGAAGAGAUCAAAGAAAAGGAUUUGGGUGUAUCUGGAAGAUAUAUUAAAGGAACCACGAUUAAAGAACUCGUUGAAAACAGAGGAAUUUAUCGAAAUGAACAUGAAGAGAAGAAGAAGGACGACGCUAACAGACCGGAAAAGAUAACAGGUACAAUCAAACAAGAAUUGGUUAGUCUGAAUAGCCAACUAAGGCAAGAAAAUGUUGAAGAUGGAGACAAGACUCAAGAACUGGUGGAAGAGAAAAUAAAGGAUUGCGAAGAAGAAGAGGGCAGUGAAGAAUCAAAGAUCAAAACCGAUGAUGUUGUGAGGAAGGUUCAAGGUAUUAAAGAAGAGGAGUUGUAUAAACCAAAAAGGGAACAUGGAACCAAGAUUACAGAAUUGGUAGAAGAGACGACAGGUGAUUAUGAAAAACAAGAAGAGAAGGAAACUGCAGAGUCGGACAUAGAAGCUGAGUGUGGUAGCUUAAGAAAGGUAGACGGUAUUGAAGAACAUGAGUUGCAUGAACCGAAGAUACACAAGGAACGCGAUAAUAACCGAGUAACUGGGGCAAAGGAACCAAGUGGUCAAGAGAAAGGGGAAAAGGAGGAGAAAAUUGUAGAGUCUAUGACAAUAACAGAGAAUGACAACUCCAUAGAUGUUCAAGAGACUAAGAAAGAACGACCUGGCAGGCUAGAGAGCCAUGACAAACGAUACAAAAUUCAAGAAUUACUGAUGGAAGCGGGACAUAAUGACCGUAAAGAAGAAGAACAAAACGAAAAUGUGACGGCCGAGGUAGAACUGGAAACUGAAAGAGUGAGCUCCAAAAAGGUUCAAGAGGGAAAAAUGGAAGAUGACAAUUCAGGCAAGUUUCAUGAGUUUGAAGAACGAAAAUCAUAUGAAGAUUGGACACAUGAGAAGCGAGAAAAGAGAAAAGUUUUAGUUGAAGAAGAAGAAACUUAUCCCAAAGAUAAACACACUGGUGGAGAAGACCAUAAUGACCAUAAAGAAGAAGAACAAAAAGAAAACGUUAUUGCAAAGGCAGAACUGAAUACUGAGGAAGAUAGCUUUAAAAAGGUUGAAGAGAUUGAAAAACAGGAUCAUGGUGAAUUGAAGAGAUCUAUGGUACAAGCCAAGAGGCAAGAAACAGAGGAAAAAGAUAAAACUAGAGCAAUGGAAAAGAAUGAGACUGUGGAGAGAAGGAAACAAACUAAAGACGGUAGCUUGGGAAAGCUUCGAGAAGGUGAAGAUCCGGAAUUGGGUGGACAUGAGAGACGUGGGGAAGAAGACAGGAUCGAGGAGUUAGUGGAAACAGAAAUAAGUGAUCACAAAGAAAAAGUAAAGAAAAAAGAUGAGGAUUAUAUCUUAAGAAGCCAAGAUACUGGCAAAGUGGAUUUAGGUGAACGUGAGAGACGUAGUAAGCAGAGAAAGAUUCAUAAAUCGGUGGAAGACGAGAUAGGGGAUCAAGAAGAUGAAGAUGCAGAGGAAGCUGCAGCUGUAGUGUCAAGAAAUGAGAAUGGAAGUUCAAGAAAAGUUCAAACCAUUGAAGAAGAAUCAGAAAAACACAAGGAACAAAACAAGAUCCCUGAAACAAGUAAUCCUGAAGUGAAUGAAGAAGAUGAGGAAAGAGUUGUCGAGAAAGAGACAAAAGAGGUAGAAGCACAUGUCCAAGAACUUGAAGGAAAAACAGAGAAUUGCAAAGAUGACGAUGGAGAAGGAAGGAGAGAAGAAAGAGGCAAACAAGGGAUGACAGCUGAGAAUAUGUUACGCCAAAGAUUCAAGACAAAAAGUGACGAUGGUAUUGUGAGAAAGAUUCAAGAGACCAAAGAGGAAGAACCAGAUGAAAAGAAAAGUCAAGAAUCGAGUAGUCAUGUGGUAAAGCUGGUGGCUGAAGAUGGUAGCCUUAGAAAUGGUCUAGAGUUUUCGGAAAAGGAGUCAACUGUGUCAAAAAUGCUGAAAUUGGAUGAAUCAAAAGAGAAAGAGGAACAUAAGAAGAUCCGGAAACCAACGGAAGAGAGAUCGAAUGCUCCUGUAAUAGAAAAACAAGGAAAUAAGAAAAAUGCGGAGGAGGAGAUGCAAGAUAAGAUUGACAGAAGAGGUAAGAAUCAAGAGAUUAAAGGACAAGAACCAUAUGGGGUUCUAAGAAAUGGAGAGCAUGACAAGAUCACAGAAUAUCAUAGAGGGGAGGAAAAGGGAACAGCUGAGAAUGUUAGCUCCACAAAGAUUCAGCAAACUAAAGAUGAGUUAGAGAAACCUCGGAAACCAAGUGAGAUUUCAGAAAAUCACAAUAUCCAUGAAUUUAUGGAUUCAAGCCAGUCUCAAGAUAUUGAAGAAAAGGGGUCAGAUCAGGCAGAGAAGUAUGCAAAACAAAACAAAAUUCAAGAAGUAAUGAAUGAUGAGGACAAAAAAGAGGAAUAUCAUAUAAGUGAAAGAGUGCGGAACGAGAUGGCGAAGAGAAUUCUGCAGGUGGAGUCCAAAGCUAAUGAUGGUAGCUCAAAAAAGAAUGAAACUGAAGGACAAGAAUCUACGGGAUUGAGAGGGCGAAAGAAAAGGGAAAAUCAUCAAGAGCUAGUGGAACUAGAAACUAGUGAUCAGAAGAAAGGAGUGAAAGAGGAUGAGGUUGUUGGGAAAGCAGAGAUAAUAGAAGAUGAAUAUGAUAGCUCAAGGAAGAUUCACGAACAUGAAGAACGUAUGUCUGAUAAACUAGAAAUGCAUGGGGAAGAAGAGAUGAGCGAAAAACUUGCAGAAGAGGAAACAAGUGAUGGUGAAGAAGCUAAAGAAGGAAACAGAGCAGGGAAAAAAAGCAGAGAUGAUGGCUUUGGAAAGGUAAGAAAGAUUGAAGUACAAAGAAAAGACAAUGACCAAUCAUUUGUGGAAAAGGAUACAAGUGGUAAAGCAAAAGAGAAUCUUAACGAUGAAGAACCUACAAAGACAGAAACAAAAGCCACAGAUAAUGAAUCGAGAAAGAUUCACCAGAUCAAAGAACAAGGGACAAGUGAACAAGAGAGACUUAAAGAACAAGGAAGGAUCAAAGAAUUGGUGGAAGACAGGACACAUUUUUGCAGAGAAAAAGAGAACAGAGAAACUGAAUACGAAGAUGGUAGCUCAAAAAUGAUUCAAGAGAUAGACAAAGAAGAAUCAAUUGAACCAGUGGAUAGAGAAACAAGUGAAGAUGACGAAGAAGAGUUAGAAAUCGAAUUUGAAGAUGAAGAAGAAGACUGGGAAGCUGAAGUAAUUCAAGAAACAGAUUCAGAUUCAGAUAAUGAUAAAAUUAGACAAAUAAAAAGAAUCAGAUUAGGAUUCAGGUUAGUAGGAGGAUCAACAUUGUUUAUGUCACUUAUAGUCAUAGUUAUUAGUAUCAUUCGUUCCAAGAGAAACAUAAGAUGUUACAAGUUCUAA